AUGUACAAGUCUCACCAAGCUAGAGGACCCGCGAAGGGCUAUAUCGAAGCACUCGAACGUCGUCUGCAUGAGACGGAACAUGUGCUAUUGAGAUUGCUGGCCCACAUGAGCGACGAGCAGUUAGCGAUUGCUGUUGAACGCGACAAGUCACCCUUUCUGCGUUCCGGGAAGAACGAUGCACAAUAUUGGAGACGAUAUCCAUUGCGCACAGCUCCUGAACUUCGAGAGUGGCAGCGAGAUUGUUUGGCAGAAACCAGAGUGUCGCCGUUGAGACACACCGAGGUUUCUGCACAAUCGGAAGUCGAAGCUGACGAAAAUAGUCAUGUUGCGUCUGAAAGUCAGCAAACGGAGCAACAACCUGUAGCUCCUUAUGAACAGGCUACGAGCGCACACGAAGUCGGACUGAAAUCCACUCAAGUGAUCCACGGCAAGGGCAUACCGUCGUCGUUGGAGCGUAUCCAGUUACAAAAUACGCAGCCCUUACACACCGGUACUCCCCCGGGACCAAGCCUUUGGAGUGAAGCGCCCUCGGUAGCUUUCCAGCGACAAUUCCUCUGGUAG